UAUGGCAAAAAAAUCAUAACCAUAAGUAGAUUUAUCAUGGGUUGUCCAAAAUGCAUUAUGUUGGCAAGAUCUUGAUAAUAAAGACCCUAUGUUUUUACCUGCUAUCGUUGUAAGUUCAGAUGGCAAAAUCAUCACUAUUAAGUUGGAAUCUGGUGGAUAGAUAUAAUGCAAACCAACUUAAGUGUUAGAAAGAGCAGAUCCAACGAUAUUAGGAAACAAAGGGUUUGAUGAUAUGGUAAAUAUGGAAAUACUUAAUGAUGCAGAAUUACUAAAUAAUUUAAUCUUUAGAUUUGCCAAAGAUAUAAUAUUUACUUAUGUAGGUCCAACAUUGUUAGUCAUUAAUCCAUUUAAAUAGAUUCAUGGUUUGAUGGGUGCAGAUAUUAGAAAUCAAUAUAUAGAUGAUAUCGUUAAAAAGAAUCGUCUUGUAAAAGAUUUGCCUCCUCAUGUUUAUGCCAUUGCAGCACAAGCUUAUAGAUAAUUAUUUGAGAAUGAAAAGAAUUAGGCAAUUGUUAUAUCAGGAGAAAGUGGAGCAGGAAAAACUGAGAAUGCAAAAUUUUCAAUGAAUUUAUUAACUUCAAUAGCUUCAGAUGGUUCAUCGAAAGAUAAAAUUGAAGAUUAAAUUUUAGGAUGUAAUCCAAUUUUAGAAGCUUUUGGUAAUGCUAAAACAGUUAGGAAUAAUAAUUCUUCAAGGUUUGGAAAGUACGUUAGAAUUAUUGUAGAUGAAAGAAGCAGACAAAUAAAGGGGGCAGAAAUAAUCAAUUAUUUAAUGGAAAAGUCAAGAAUAAAUCAAUAAGGAAAAAAUGAAAGAAAUUUUCACAUAUUUUAUUUCUUUUUAUAAGGUUUACCAAAAGAACUUUUAAAUAAAUUUGGAGUAACAAUGAAAAUGGAGGAGUUUAAUUAUCUCAAUUCCUCUAAAACAUAUACAAUCUCAAAUGUAGAUGAUGCUGAAAUGUUUAAAGAAAUUUAAGAAAGUUUUAAAAUCUUAGGAAUGCAAAAUGAUUUUGAGAAUAUAGUCUAAACAGUUCUUGCUGUAUUACAUUUAGGAAAUCUUGAAUUUGAUAAUAGUACUCUAACAGAUACAUAACCAGCUUCAGUUAAUGAGAGUUUAGUUGAAAAUUUAUUAGAAUUGUCAAAUUAGCAACUUUCAUAGGCUUUAACUCUUAAAUCAAGAGUUAUCAACAAAUAAACAAUAUUGUCUCCAUUAACAAUAGAUGAAUGUUAAUUUACACGAGAUUCAUUAGCGAAAGACAUUUAUGAUAGAUUAUUUAAUUGGUUAGUUAUUCAAUUAAAUAAAGUUUUAAAACCUAAAGUAGAGUCUAAGAUAUCUGUGGGGUUACUUGAUAUUUAUGGAUUUGAAGUUUUCGAUAAAAAUGGAUUUGAAUAGAUAAUGAUUAAUUAUACAAAUGAAAAAUUACAUCAACUAUAUAUUCAAUACGUUUUUAAAGAGGAAGAAAAGAUUUUUAUUGAAGAAGGUUUAAAAGAUCAUUUAGGAUAAUUAGAAUUUUAAGAUAAUGCUAAUGUAAUUGAAUUAAUAGAUAAAUAACCAGGAGGAAUAUUCAGUAUUUUAGAUGAGUCUUGUUCAGUAAAAUCAACUGAUGAUGGAUUUUUAUAGAAAAUAAGAACAACUCAUAAAUCUAAUCAAUUAGUGAAAACACCAAAAAUGCCAAGUGAUCCUGCAUUUAUAUUAGUACAUACAGCUAAGGAUGUAUGUUAUACAGUAACAGGAUUUCGAGAAAAAAAUAAAGAUGAAAUGAGUGCUUAAACUAUUGCUAUGAUUAGUUAAACUAAGAAUGUUCUAUUAAAAUAAUUAUAUGCAUUAGAAGGAAUGAAAGAAAAAUUUAUAUCAUAAAAAAUAAAAAAAGAAAUGAUUGAAUUGAUGACAGAAUUACAUUAAUGUGAUGUUCAUUUUAUUAGAUGUAUAAAACCAAAUGAAAAUAAAGUACCUAAUCAAGUAUAAUCUGAAAUGACUCUCAAAUAAAUUAGAUAUUUAGGAGUUUUAGAUUCUUUAAAAGUAAGGAAGGAAUCUUACAGUAUUAGAAGACCAUAUUAAUUUUUUUAUAAAAGAUAUGCUGAUAUGACAAGAAAUGAAAUAUACAAUAAAUUAAUAAAAAAACCAGAUAUCAAUUUUAGAUAAUUGGUUUUAGAUAUGUUUAAAUAGCAUAUGUCUCAUAUUGAUUCAAAAUAAGUAUUAUUUGGAAAAACUAAAAUAUUUAUUCGUAAUACAGGAUUGUAAAUGAUAGAAGAUUCUUACAAUAAGAUUGUUACUCUGAAACAUUAAAGAGCAGCCAAAUUGUAAAGAUCUUAUAAAAUUUAUAAGAUGAAUUAACAUUUGAAAAAAAUGAUGAGAAUAGCCUUGACUCUUCGUACUUUAGCUUAAAGAAUUCGUUUUAAAGUUUUAGUCAGAAAAAAAAUAAAAGCUGCAUCCGUCAUUUAAGCUUGGUAUAGAAAAUUGCAUGAAAAAAGAUUGAAAUAAAAAUAUGAAAAAUCUUCAUCCUAUUUGAAAAUAUAUUUUGAAAGAUAUAAUGUUCUUAGAGAUGUAGCAAGAAAGAAAUUAGCAAUUAGUAAGAUAUAGAAAUUUGGUAGAUAUGUGGUUUAAUCAAAAUAAGAAAGAAAAGUAAGGGAAAUAAAAAAUGUAUUUUAAAAAAUUAUUGAUGAGGCUUGGUAAAUGAUAUUAAUUAAGAAGGCUGUUAUCAUAUAAUCUAAUUUUAGAGGAAAUUAAGUAAGAAAAAAAAAUAAGAAGCAAAUUCAUUAAAUAAAGAAUGCAGGACGUAAAAUAAAAAUGGAAAGUUCAGUAAUAAAAGUUUAAGCAGCAAUUAGAAGAUUUAUAGCUAGAAGUUAAUUUAGAAGGGCUCAUGAUGCUGCUUAUUUAAUAUAAGGUUAUUUUAGGACUAAAUUACUUUCAACAAUGUUUUAAAGAAUGAGAGCAGCAGCAAGAUGUGUUUAAAAAUUUGCAAGAUUAUAUCUUAAUAAACAAAUGGCAUACAAAAAAAAUUAUGAAUCCUAUGUAUUACCUUGGGAAAAAAAUGUUAAACAAUAAAAAUAAGAUGCUUCAAAUUUAUGGAUUUUAACAAAUGAAAAUAUUGAAAAUGAAGAAAUUUAACCAUUAUUAGAAACUUGUUUGAUUUAAUGGAGACCAAGAUUACCGAAAAUUGCAUUAUUUUCUGUACCUAUUGAUAUUGACAUACUUUCUGAUAUCUAUUAAUGUUAUAAUCCAAAUUAUUCAUACUCAAGAACAUUACUUAAUAUAAUAGUUUAAUAAUUUAGAAAAGAUCAUCCAAUAUAAUCAUAUUUUGCAACAGAAGAGAGUACUUUAUGUGUUACUUUAGGUGGAACUGCUAUAUUUGAAUUUGGGAGUGGAUAAUUGAUUUUAAAUAAAGAAACUUUUGAAACUGUUGAAAAGAAUAUAUUCCCAGAAUUUAUUAGAAUAAAAUCCAUCAGUUGUAAUGAUGAUUUUAUAUUAGUAACAACUGCUGAUGGUUCUUUAUUAUAAUAUGGUGAUCAAUAUAAAUAAAUAAAAUUUAAACCUCAUUAUCUCAAUAAAGAAUGUACUGUGUCAUCUAAGAAAUAUAUAGUAAGUGAAAAUAAAGUAUUUUCUUUAUCUAAUCUAAAUGUUCAUAUCCAUAUCAAAUAGAAAGCCAAAAUGAUUUCAUGUGGAAAUCAAUUUAUUGUUACAUUAUGUGAAAGUGGACAAUUAUAUUCAUGGGGAGAGAACUAUGAAGGAGAGUUAGGAUUAGGUGAUCGAAGAUACAGACAUGAACCUUGUCUCAUUAAUAUUGAAAAAGUCUUAUAGGUUUGUUGUGGUUUUAAGCAUGUAAUUGCAAAAACUAGAAGUAAAAUUUACACUUGGGGAUGGGGUGAAAGAGGUUAACUUGGAAAUUCAGAAUUAAAAAAUGAAGUAAUUUUCUUAAAUAUCAAAUAUAGAUAUUACCCAAACCGUUAAAUCUAUCUGUUUUAUGGGUUUCAGCUGGAAGAACUAGUUCUAGUAUUAUUACUAACGAUCGUAUAAUCAUGUAGUGUGGUACUAAUUCUAAACUAAAUCACUUAGAAAAAUUUGAACCCAUAUCUUUGGUAUUUCAAUUAUUAAUAUAUAGAGUUUUACAUUAAAUUCAAUGAUUCCUAUUAGAAUUAUUUCGACUUGGUCUAAAACAAUAGAAAUAACAUAUGUUACUUUUGCUAACACUAUAUCAUUGCCUGAAAAUUAAUUACCAAAAUCUUUAAAAAUUUUAAAUCAUUUAAAUUAAAUCUGGUCGGAAAGCAGUGAUCCUCAUUCUAUUGAUCCACCAUUCAAUUAAUCUAUAAGCAAUUAUUUAUAUGAGGCAUCUAUGAGAAAAUCUAAUUAAUUCAAUAAAUAACAAAUUAAAAAUCAUUUCAAACUAUAGAAAGAAAUGCUUUAUAUUGAAGAUGACAGAGAUUGGGCUAUGAAAAAAAAAAUUUUAGUUGAUGAUAUUAUAUCUCAUUAAAAGACUGUAACUAAAACAGACAAACUGAAAAUUAUUAGAUAAAGAUUUCUAGAUUUGAUGACAAAAACUGAGGAUUAAUUAACAAAUGAUGAUAAAAAUUUUAUUAAUCAAAUUUAGAAUAACGAAAAAAUUUAAGUAUUACUAAAGAGUUUAGAAUAAUGA